GGGUGUGCUAUGCUAAUAAUAGCGACGGCCCGGACUUGGCCUAGUCUCUCCUACCUCUUGCUCAUUGACCUCAUUUUCAACCAUUUUCCCAUCGAGCGACCUAGUAGACCACAAAGUUACUAGCACGAAUAUCAGCAGCUCUGAGUAUCCGCGCCCGUCUGUUUCUAGUAUCAUGGAGACAUGUUGUCCAGGACGCUCAUAACAUCCGCAGCACAUGCUUCAACCCUCCACAUCCAACCUUCCGCGUCUAUCAUAUCCCUAACGUCCCCUUUCACCCUCGGCUCCUUACGCACACUCCAAAGCGCAUUUAUUGCGCAUGCAACAACGUCCAAGACUCCAGUGAUCCCAGGAGAAGUCAACGCAGCGGUCCUUGUUCCGUUGUGUAACGUCGAUGGUGUACCCGGCGUGCUGCUCGAACUGCGAGGUGGUAAACUGAGGUCCCAUGCUGGUGAAGUCAGCUUCCCAGGUGGAAGGGUGGACCCAGCAGAUGCAUCGUUUCUAGCUGCCGCACUCAGAGAAACACAAGAAGAAGUAGGUCUGUAUAAUCGACAGAUCGAUGUUCUCGGCCAAUUUGGCCCGCCUGAGCAAAGUCUCAUGGGCCUCAGAGUAUGGCCCUACGUCGGCUUCGUAUACCCACGUGGCAGUCAUAGAACAUAUACCGGAUCCCUAGAUGAUCCCUUGCCCUCCAUUUCGCUUUCCUCACUCACGAUAUCUCAGGCAGAGGUGGCGACAGUUUUCCAUCUCCCCCUCUCCGCAUUUACGUCCCCUGCGCGUACUAGGCCUGACAUGUUCCGCGCCGCCAACCCAUAUUGGGCCAUUGAUGUCUCUGAUCUUGUGGAGGGGUUCGAGGGGAUAAAUGAUCUAUCGGGAGAAGUGGAUGGUGGGAAGGAGGGGCGUUUAGAAGUUUGGGGGUUGACAGGUUGGUACAUGUCAUUGCUCAUGAGGAUUUUAAAGGUAUACACUUGAAAGAAAUAUUAUCAUGUGGUGAGGUCCUGAGACC